GUCAGCGGCCGCUCAACAAAAGGCAGCGGGGCCGGAGCGGAGGGCCAGAGGACUCCCGGCGGCUGGAGGAGCCGCAGCAGGGCGGCGGGGUUCCGGUUACCGUGUGGAAGCAGCGGCGGGGCGGCUCCGGGCCGCCGGAUGAGGACACGGCUCUGCCGCGCGCCGUCUCGCUUCCUGUCGGCCCGAUAGAAGCAGAAGCGGAACAGAAAAGGGGCGCGCGCCAUGGUCGCCGGGGAGCUCGUGCAGGAGCACCUGCGCGCGGACACCGGCUCGCCCGACGACAUCGCGGUCGGUCGCAAAGCUCCGGAGGAUCCGGAGGGAGCGGCGGAGCCAUGCGCGCGAGCGGCGGCGGAGACGCGCGCGCACGACCCGGAGCUGGAGAAGGAAGCGCAGCCGGAUGAGAGAGACGCGAUGCUGCCCAACGGAGGAGGAGAAGAAGCGGACGGAGGAGGAGGAGGCGGCGGCGGAGCGGCGGCGGCGGAGGAGGAGGAGGAGGCGCAGCCGCUCGAGACGCGGCUGUUCGCGCGCCGCUUCGCCGUGCUGGCCGUCUUCAGCCUGUACUCGCUGGUCAACGCCUUCCAGUGGAUCCAGUACAGCAUCAUCACCAACGUCUUCACGCGCUACUACGGCGUGACCAACGACAAGGUGGACUGGCUGUCCAUUGUCUACAUGCUGGCCUACGUGCCGCUCAUCUUCCCGGCCACCUGGCUGCUGGACCGCACGGGGCUGCGCCUCACCGCCCUGCUGGGCGCCGGCCUCAACUGCGCCGGCGCCUGGCUCAAGUGCGCGAGCGUGAGCCCCGACCGCUUCCCGGUCACCGUGGCGGCGCAGGUGGUGUGCUCCGUGGCGCAGGUCUUCAUCCUGGGCCUGCCGUCCCGCGUGGCCUCGGUGUGGUUCGGGCCGCGGGAGGUGUCCACCGCCUGCGCCACGGCCGUGCUGGGGAACCAGCUGGGCACGGCCAUCGGCUUCCUGCUGCCCCCGGUGCUGAUCCCGUACACCCCCGACGACGUGGAGCUGACGGGCCGCAACAUCAGCGUCAUGUUCUACGGCACGGCCGCCGUCUCCACCGCCCUCUUCGUCCUCACCGUCAUCGUGAUAAAGAACCGGCCUCCCGUCCCUCCGAGUCAGGCCCAGGCGGUCCUCCUGGACGUCCCUCCUGAGGACUACUCCUACAGGCAGUCCAUCGUCAACCUGGUCCGGAACAAGGCCUUCGUCCUGCUGCUCAUCAGCUACGGGAUUCUGACCGGCUCCUUCUAUUCGGUGUCGACGCUCCUCAACCAGAUGAUCACACACUGCUACGAGAACCAGGAGCUGAACGCCGGGCGGAUCGGCCUGACCCUGGUGGUUGCCGGGAUGGUGGGCUCCAUCCUCUGCGGCCUGUGGCUGGAUCACACGAAGACCUACAAAAUGACGACUCUGAUCGUGUACGGCCUGUCGUUCGUGGGCAUGGUGGUCUUCACCUUCACUCUGGACCUGGACAACAUCUACCUGGUCUUUUUCACCGCAGGAGUCCUCGGGUUCUUCAUGACGGGCUACUUACCUCUGGGCUUUGAGUUUGGGGUUGAAAUCACCUACCCAGAGUCUGAGGGAACGUCGUCGUCUCUCAACGCUUUCGCCCAGAUAUUUGGGAUCAUUUUCACCCUGAUUCAAGGGAAACUGACCACAGACCACGGCCCCUUGGCGGGAAACCUCUUCCUGUGUGCCUGGAUCUUCCUGGGAGUGCUGCUCACUGCCUUAAUCAAGUCAGAACUGAAGAGACACAACAUCAACAUGGGAGCAGACAGCAACCACCUGCAAGCACUUCCCACCGAAUGUCCCGGAGAUCGCCCCUCAGGGCAGAAAACCAACGGAGUGAAGAUGGAGUCGUCCGUCAGCUUCUCCAGAGAGACGUCCCUCUGAACCGCCGAGCCGCCUUCACUCAGGAGGUUCAGCUGCCGUACCUGGAAAGAGCCCGGCGCCGCAGUCCCAGCCACGGCGCCAAGCGGAACCUCCUCAUCAACCACUGACAGCGAGAAAACCCACCGGUGGAUUCAUUCCUGGUGCCUGAAGACAGAGCCAGGAAGAACGUUACAAAGCGGUCUGUCUCGUUCAGACUUCCUGUGAAACAUUUCCUGGGUUUCCUUCAGAGAAAGGACAAGUAUGCAAGCAGCGCCGCAUGCAGAAGACGCUCACCGCCGUUUCACGGGACUGUCAGUCAGCCGUGGCUCUUUCUGCGGUCGUGGUACAAAAAUGCAGUUUUAAAGGAGAAGCUUCCAGAUCCAGAUUGCCUGAACUCUUACUGGAAGAGCUUGGUUUGUGACGGUUUUUCAAGGCGCCGGGCCGACAUUUCCUGAGUUUACUGAAUUAUCCUUUGACGGUCUGGACCUGCAGUCCUGAAACACACGUAAAUCUGUCUCUGUUGUGUUUCGGGUUCCUUCACAUGUCAGUGGUCCAGAUUAAGCCUCUGUUCACACCACAACCUGUUCAAGUGAAAACGCGCAACUCUUCAAAAACACUCCAUCUCCAUGGAAACAGGUGAAAACGCAACUUUUCAAAAAUGAUCCGACUCUGUCUCCAUGGAAACGGGGGGAAAAUAUUCCCCGUCUUGCAAUUUUUGAAAACGCUGACUCUGUCUCCAUGGAAACGAGGGAAACACCUUUUCAAAAACACUCCAACUCUGUUUCCAUGGAAACGGAGGGAAACCUGAAUUACUACUACUGUGCAUGCAUGCUCAGUAGACGGUUACAGGGCGUUUUUAAUUUGGAAUUGGUUAAUUCUGGAUUCAGAAAUUCAGAAUUAUAUUCAUGAGCUUGGUGUUUACAUGGGAAAAAUGAAGGACUGACUCCUCUCUCAUGCCAGGGUCUGUGCAGCGUUCUGAUUGGACCGGGAGCGGCCGUGAUGUACUGACCUCUCCCGGAAGUAAACAGCGUUUUUCUCGUCUUUCUUUCUCGAUUAACUUUGACGCUCCAGCUUUGGAAAUGUCCGCGUUGUUAAUCGCCCGUCGAUCCGCUCGUUUCAGUAUCUCAAAUUCUUUUAAAACUGGCGUUAAAUAAAUCGUCUCCAGACGAGUCAUAACGCAGACUGCUGGCCGCCAUCUUGGAAUAUUGCGUUAUCACGACGGAGCAUGCGCAGAACGACCACAAUCAAGUUACGCCCAGUUAGCAUAUAAUUCCGCUUCUAAAGGAAAAUAAACCCGCCAGUCUAUUCGAAUUUAUACUUAAUUCUGAACAAAGUUUUCAGGCGUUUACAUGGUCAUUUCAGAGCAAAAUUAGGCUUUAUUUGGAUUUAUAGAAGAAUAUAAAGUCCCAUGUUUCCCUCCAGAGUGUCAUGACUCCCAGUCCAGAUUCUCCUGGUCCUGGUAGUUUUAGAGUUGACAGUCAGCAUAAUAACAAUCCAACCUGGUGUUCUGUCCAUAUUAAUGUCUGUGUUGUCUUUCAUAUCAUAUUGUGCUCAACAGUGUGAUUUCAUGACAACAUCGCCCUCUGGUGGCCCAACAUGCUCACUAAGCCCUUAAAAACAAUCUUUUGCAAAGCGCAAAACUUUUCUGAAACAAAACAGAAAUGGUGGAUUUUCACUUGAAAGAUUGUGGUUUAAACGAGGCCUAACUUCUUCAGAGAUAAAUGUCCUCAACCUGUGCUGAAGGUGCUUCAUUUGGGGAGAAAAACAUGAAUUAUUUGUGCCUGGGUUCGCUUCCCAGUAAUGCUCAACCUUGAAUGUGCAGACUCAUUUUUAUUUGGCAAUCAUCCAGAAAUUUGCACAAGUUUUUACCCACUGCUUCAUUUUGACUGGUUUACAUAUGAAGUGCUUUUAUAUUAAAAAAACAAAACAAAACAAAUCUCAAGUUAUGGCAUGCUGUCCAAAAGUAGUGAACUAUGGAUAAGAUGGUCACCUUUCAGAUCACUGGACGGUCCCUGAAUGCACCAUCUCUGAGCAAUUCUUUUUAUCCAUGACUUUUAUUUUUCCAGGAACGCACAGCAGCUUCUGUAGCUUUUUUUAGAAGCUCAGUUUUAUUGUGACACUGCGAUUAUGUGAAUUAAAAAAAAAAAAAAAAGGUUAAAUGACACAAUUCAAAUGUUUUGCAGCACAAAAACUACUGUGGACCAAACACAAUGUGAUUCAAGUUCAUUGCACAGAUUCAGCUUUUAUACGCAAAAUAAGUGUUUUCAGACGUGAUUUGAAUGUUGCAUUUAAGAUGUGGAGGAGAAAACAUCUGGACGGGUUUUUACUGAAGGGACAACGAGAUCAGAAACUUCUGAUCACAUCCAGCCUACCUCCUGAGUCCAGCCAUUAGUUCUGCUAUUGAUCAGACUGCGGAUUGUUUUGGAUUCAAUCAGAAAAUAUUAAUUUGUCCAAAAAAUACUAAUUUCAGGCCACUAAAUGUUAAUUUGAGGCAACAAAUUAACAUGUUAUGGCCAAGAAAUCUUAAAUUUUCAUCACAAGAUACUAACUUGUGGUUGAGAAAUAUUCAUUUCAGGCCACCAAAUGCAAAUUUCAGGCCACAAAUGAAUAUUUUGUAGCAACAGUAUAAUAAUUUCAGGCCAAAAAAAUACAAAUUUUAAGCCAUGAAAUAUUAAUUUCAGUUCACAAAAUACUAAUUUGUGGCAAUAAAGUGUUCGACCUAUAAAUGGCAGCAUGUAUCUACAAAGCACUGUUCGACUAAACUUUAUUUUUUGACUCUUUGCAAACUUUUGCAUUUUUUUGUAAUCAAACUUAACAUUCCUCUUGUGGUUCUUAGCUAUUUAAGAUCUAAUAUUUCUUUGUCUUUAAUUUUUGUAACUUUAACUCUUAUAAUGUUUUGACAUCUGUGUAUUUUGGUUUUCUUCUAUUUAUUUCCCUGUCAAUAAGUUGUCAUGAACUGCACUGACGUUAAUCUGAGAGUCCUAAUGUGACUCGGCUCUUUGGGAGAAAAAAAAAAACUGACAAAUCACUUGAUUCAACCUGUUAAAAAAAGAAAAGAGAAGUGUUUGACUAUCUUCAUCC